AUGGACGAUGGAAGUAGCGGACAUGGUGUGUCAAGUCGUGACAAGUUCUUGGUCCAGGGAUUAUCAUCUGUCGGCUAUCUUCCUCCCCUCCCUGUCAAUCUCAGCUUCAGAGUGCCGCCGGUCUCUCGCCUCACCUCCAUUCCAUCCUAUUCGCCUCGUCGGUCCUCUCCAUCACAUUCCGGAUCCAAGCAUGGUUUCGUCGCCCUGCUACAUGUUCGUCAGCUCUGCUUCCAGUUGUUGGCGGAUGUUAUGGGAGGGCAUGGACCAUGGGAAUACCGGAUUAAGUGUUGCUGUACCACGAAGCCCAGGGCCCAGUUUUCCUUCCUCGUCCCGUCUAGGAGACCGUCCUCUCCCGUACCCAGGGCAUGUCUGCCUCGCAGUCUCGCGACUUCCCCAUCUGGAUGGAAGGAAGAUAAGGGUGUCGACCUCCGAUGCAACAACUUCCACGUCAAGCUCUGCCUCGAGCUCUACCUGAUGGCUGGCGAGCGCGUCAUGGUGUGCAACUCUGCCUUCAACAUCUCCAACAGCGCCCUUCUCGUGGUGUUGAUAUACCAUGAAGCCCAGGGUCUCUACACCGGCUGGUGUUCUGUCAAAGUUGGCAUGGGCUGGCGCUUGGAGUUCCGAUACGGCGAUCUGUGUGGCCAGCGACUUUCGAGCAGUCUUCGUGACGCUCGCUUGUGGGCUGCUUCGAUCGCCGCUUCCACCCCACAUUGA